AAAAUAAAAAAAAUAUAUGUUUUCUUUAUAAAUAAAAAGGGCUAAAAAUAAAUUUUUUAUUUUAUUUUAUUUUAUUUUUUGGAAAUAUUCUUGCCAUUUUGAAAUGGAAACUCAGUGGUUGGUCAUGACAACACCUCCUCUGCCUCUCUUCCGUCGCACCUCUGCCAAAUCCGGCCUUUCUUCUUCUUCUUCGCCCAACUCCAACAAUAAUCUACCUCUAGCACGCAGGCAGAUAAUCCGGCAGUGGAAGCGGGACGGAAGUAUCCUUGGGGUUGGGAGGAACAAUUUUGUAGAUUUUGAUUCACUGCUUCAAACCUUAGCUAGCAAAACGAUGCCUCAGCCACACGUUGUUCAUCACCUCUUGCUUCAAGGUUUGAUUCCCAACAACUCUACCCUCUCUGAAAUCAUGCUUUGGUAUGCAGACAAUGGCCUUUUCCCUCAAGCUCAGGUGAUAUGGGAGGAAAUGCUAAAUACUACUUCUUUUACGCCUGCUAUUCAAGUUGUUUCAAGGUUCAUGGAUGCUUACGGAAAGAUGGGCCAUUUUCACAAGGUUCACGAAAUUCUGGAUCAGGUAACUCUGCACAGAGUUAACUUGUCACCUGAGGUGUACCCAGUGGCUAUCUCUUGCUUUGGAAAGCAUGGGCGGCUUUAUUUAAUGGAGAAUACAUUGAAGGAGAUGGUUUCGAGAGGUUUACCUGUAGAUUCCGCCACUGGAAAUGCUUUUCUUAGAUACUAUAGCAUUUUUGGUUCCUUGUCUGAGAUGGAGAUUGCUUAUGCUCGCCUUAAAAGGUCUAGACAUCUCAUAGAGGAGGAAGGAAUUCGAGCAAUGUCCUCUGCCUACAUAAAGGAGGGAAAAUUCUACAGGUUAGGUGAAUUUUUGAAUGAUUUGGGUCUUGGGAGGAGAAACCUGGGCAAUCUCUUAUGGAAUCUCUUGCUAUUAUCUUAUGCUGCUAAUUUCAAAAUGAAAACCAUGCAGAGACUGUUUCUGAAAAUGAUGGAUUCUGGUUUCCGUCCCGAUCUGACUACAUUUAAUAUAAGAGCUUUGGCCUUCUCGAGAAUGUCUAUGUUCUGGGAUCUCCAUCUCAGCCUCGAACACAUGAAACAUGAAAGUGUUGUUCCUGAUUUGGUAACUUAUGGUUGUGUUGUAGAUGCAUACUUGGACAGAAGACUUGCAAGAAAUUUGGACUUUGCUUUGAACCAUAUGAAUGCCGAUGAUUCUCCACUGGUAUUGACAGAUCCACUUGUGUUUGAGGCUUUGGGUAAAGGGGACUUCCACUCUAGCUCAGAGGCGUUUUUGCAGUUCAAGAGACAGAAGAAGAAAUGGACUUACAGGCAGCUAAUUGCAGUUUAUCUCAAAAAACAGUUCCGAAGGAACCAGAUCUUUUGGAAUUACUAAAUAAUUAUAGAGUGCACUAUGGCUUGAACCUAAGGUGUCUCUCCAAGUCCUCAAGCCCUCUUAUGAGAUGAGCUAAGCCAGAUGGUCCUGAAUAUCUUCCGUUAAAUUAAAGAAAAACUUGGUUCCUACUCUAUUUGCAGCACGCUUUGGCAGAUAUAGUAGAGACUAAAGAGUAUGUUGUGCGUGUUGGUAGCAUGAACCACUUUGAAAAUGAGUUGAACUUUGUGAAAGUUAAUGGUAUGAAGAAAUGGGCUAGCAAGGAGGAUGAGUACUUUGUCGAUAUGGCCAGGGUGUUAAGAAAGGGAAAUGUGGGGGAUAUGCAAUCAAUCAUAGGGAUAGCAUGACAGGCAUUUGGCUUGACCAGUAACGUUAUUUUGGGGAGGCUUGCAACUUGCAAGAAUGGAAAGAGCAGGACCUUUGAUCCUUGAGACAUCUGGAUGGCUAAAAGUUUCUGGAGUAUCAGGUUUGUACGGUUAAAUCCUUGACCUCUUCAUUCGGUGGCUUCGUGUCUAUUGAAGCACAACUUCCUACUCUAAGAUGCUUAUAGGAGUUGUACAGUCACAUUCUUAAUCAUGUUUGUCU